AUGGGAAGGAUAAUCACUAAACAAGCAGUUGCCACUGCUAGCUUAAAUCUCGAUCAACGUACUACCAUCGACCCUUCCAGGGCGAGCUUCUUCCAGGCACUGAAAGGAGCUGUCGGUGCAGAAGCACUCAAGACCCUUGGCCCAAAUGGCGUCGACGCUCUCAAACUAGAAAACUUGCAACCCACGCCUAGCUCACCAACCACACCCACGAAAUAUACACGUUCAACGCAGAAGCCCAUGGCAGCCGCUUUCAAAGACAGUGCUCACAAAGCGACACUCCAAGUCGGCCUUGGAAAGGUCAUCCCCCGCUGGAAAACCGGCCCUUCCAAAACCGUCAAUUUGGCAGUCUUCAAACACGGCUACCCAAAACCAGAAUGGGCAUUCCUCGCAGCCGCGGCCUGGAACCAAGCAGCUGAAGACUGGAUCGCCCUUGACCUCAGUGUGCAGCUCAAAUGGGUAUCCGAUCUCGAAGACGCCGUCGUCGUCCUCUCCUUCGCAGGCAAUCAGGGCGGAGUUCUCGCCGACGCAUCCUUCCCCAACGAGGUAGAUCUGAGUGUGCUCAACGUAUACAAUGGCACGUUCCGGCCUGGGACCAUUCCGUACCUGAAGAAUAUCUUUUUGCAUGAGCUGGGUCAUUUUGCACAGGAGAUGGAGGACGAAACAGACGUGUACACGGUGCAGAUUGGUCCUCGGAAUCCGCUCUCGUUUCCUCCUCAGAUGCAGCCUUCUGAUGUCGAGAAUGCGAAGGCGUUCUAUAAAUUUUCUGGGACAUCGCUUGGAUGGAAAGAAGCGCGCACCGGAAGGCUAUAUUACUGGAUGAUUAUUCUAUAG